GGCGGGCGGUGCAGGUUGGGAGUGGCGGUUGUUUAAGAUGGCGAAAUCUAGGAAUUUGGUGAGUGAAGCUUUCUGGAGCAAAGACCCAUCAGAUGAAGAACAAUCUGUGGUGGUUGUACCAGGAUUGUUGAUGGAGGGAAAUGUCAGACCUGAAACAAAUGGGAAAUGGUACAAAAUUCAAGAAGUUAGAGCGAAACCCCCACAAAACUCCGAUUCUGUUUUUGUGAAUCCUCUGAAGACCAGACCUGUAAAGCCGUCCAUGUCAAAUGAGGUUAUUAAGGAGAAGCAGGGGUCCAAGACUGCAUCUUUGAAGGACCUCUGCCCAGAGGACAAGAGGCGCAUUGCUAACCUAAUCAGGGAGCUUGCAAGAGUAAGUGAAGAGAAAGAAGAAACUAAGGAGCGAUUAAAGGCUGAACAGGAAUCAUUUGAGAAGAAAAUCAAAGAGCUGGAGGAUCAGAAUGACCUCAUUGUGACUGAGCGGGAAGCCUUGCAGUGGCAGUAUAAAAAAUGCCAAGAACUAUUGAGUGUUUACCAGAAUUAUCUGUCUGAACAGAAAGAGAAACUGAAUCAAUCACUGCACGAAUGCAACAAUGGUAAACUGGAGAUAAAUUCCAAGAAGAACUCUCCUCAGCCAGCUGCUUCAAACCUGGACGGUUCCUACCUGGGCAUCGUGCCUCCUAGCGCAUUAAAUGCUGUUAAUAAAUCUAAGCAAGUUCUUGUUGGUUCAUCCAUAGCACCUCACCCUCGGUAUGACCGGGGCUAUUAUUUCCCAAACAAUAGCGUUCUCAAUCGAGUUUGCCCUAUGGACAGCCUUCCAGUCCAGAAUGGUUGUGAGAUAAAAACGGAGACUUCAGUUCAUGGAGAGCCAAUUGUAGUAAGGCAUUAUAACAUAAAAGAUGUGCAAGCUGGUACAUCCAGUUUGACUUUUGAUAUUACUGGUGACCAACCUUCUCAGUGUGGAUGGUUAAAAGGCGAGACUGAUAAUGGAAAUCAAUUCACUGAUGGACAUAACAGGAAUUUCAGACCAUUAAUGGAACAUAAUGCCACCUCGGGAAUGUUUUGUGAUGCAGCAGUGAACGGUCGAAUAGGAAUGAUGACUGGAGAAGUUUUGCAUGAAAAGAAAAUGCAUGCAGACCAAAAGCAGCGGUUAUUGUGUCAGAAAAAGGAGCUGGAGCUGGAGAAAGAAACACUGCAGAGAUUGCUCGCUCAGCAGGAGUCUCUGCUCCUUUUAAAGCAACAGCAGUUACAAGAGUCAGUGUUGGAUUAUAGCAGGUCCAAGCAUCUUCUAUUAGAAGCAGAAGACAUGAAGUAUGGUGAGGUUCCGACAAACAAAACAAGAAUUUCUUUACUAAAUUCAGCUGGAGCUACUGAAAGGUAUUUAAAAUCAGAAGAUCAUCUUUACAACGCCCACCUGCAAAAACUGGAAGGCAACGUUAAGACAUCAACUACAGAACCCUGGGAGAGAUUAAGUGCCAGAAACAAAGUCGAAUCUUUUGAUCCAGAAUGGAACACUUUUAGAAGUACUGCUUUUUGUCCUGCUGGAGAUGUGAAUAGACAACAAAUAGGGGCUACUCUGCUUGCUAAAAAGGAUGCGGCUACUUCUCCUGCGCUAGUUGUCAAAAAAGAUGAACCAGUCAACAUGGCAACAUCGCCCAUUUGGCCUGAAUCACUGAGCUACGAAGCUUCUCUUGUUCAUUUGGUGGAUACAUUGAGCCCAGUUUCCUCACAAAAGCAUAAUAUGCACAUCAAAGACACGUACAGUACACCAAGAAAAAGCAACCUAACUCUAAGUGGAUACCAUCAAAGGCCUGUUAAAAUUGGAACAGCUCCAACACGCAGUGGAGAUUCAGAUGAAGAACUUGAAGAAAGUAGAAUGCUGGAAGACAUUUUCUUCAUUUAAAAAAUGUAGAACAAUUUUAUUGACAUUAUCAAAGUAUCAUGUUUUUUUUCCAAUACUCUUACUUAAAACUAUGGAGUCUUGUAGUGUUUUGCUGUCCAGUUACAAGUACUAUCGAAAGGUUGCUUUUAGCCUUUAAGAUUGUUGGCCACUGAUUCAUGGGGGUAGAAAUUUGAACUUGGUCACACAUGCUGUAUGAGCUCAUUCCUAUUAUGCUCCUUUCUCAAUAUUCUGUUUAAUUGCCUUCAGAGGAACUAACUGUGGAGGGGAGGAUACUCGGUACUAAAUUGCCUGUUUAAUAGAAACAAUCAAAAGUGAAUUUCUACCUCAAAAUGUGCUCUAUUGUAUAAUUCCAGUAUGUUAAAGUGUCUGACAAAUGCUACAGCUAUCAACAGAUUAUUUGAAAAUGCUAACUACAGUACACUUACAAAAUGUUCUUCUGUAUACCAUUUUCUAAACUUUAAAAAUGUUAGUUGCCUUAUCAAAUCUGUUGCUUUAUCAUAACUGCUGAUAAUUUAUAAAUUCUGGAUGGAAGAAGAAGCAAAAUAAUGCAUUUAUCACAAUAAUUAUGUUUAGCACAAGUUCAAAUAGUGGCAAGCAAAUUCCAAAAAGAAACAAGUCAACUGGCACUUUUCCUUUAGAGAUGUGAAUUGUUGUUAAACAUCAGUGACUGAUGUUACGGAACCCACUAGAUUAUUGUAAAAAAAAACUCUACUAUGAUAUUAAUGUAGAUUCUCUCUCCAUGUUCUGCUGGACUUUUGCAGACUGAAUGAAAUAUGUGAGUAAAAUUGUAAUUCUUGACUGUCUGAAACCCUGAGGUAAUAUUUACAGAUAAAAAAGUGCUGUGGAAUGAGCAGGUCAUAAACCACCUUGAGGACAAUCAAUAUGGUGGUGUAUAUCAUAUUUUCUAUUGAUGUGGUAAAUGGAAUCAAUCACCUAAAAUAUUCAGUAGUUUUCCCAAUAUCUGCCAUCUACAUAGCACUAAUUUUUUUAAACACUUUUUGUAUAAUCUAAUUUAAAGAUUUGAAAGGGGCAUUUUUUUUGAGAAUCCAUCUUUGGGACAUGUGGCUCAGCAGUGACUUCAGUAGACCACUUAGUACUGUGAUCUUUACUGUUUUGCCUGCCAUUGUAUGUCUGUUGAGAGAGAAUGCAAUUUGUUACAGAUUAGGAGUAGAUUAAUUUUGGGCUCCUGGCAUCUAAGAAUUAGGCUGAGGGUAACCAAACCUAAUUAACAAUUCACUUGCUCAGUGUAAAUUGGAAGAUCUCUGUUCUCUCAAUUUGGGCUGAGGUUGAACCAAAGUCCCUGAGGUGAAAGAUUAAUAUCUAUUUCAUUGCACAAUUCUAUUCCUCAGAGUUAGUUUAUGCUUAUCUGGACAAGGUUGGAACUUUUGUCUUAUGUAUCUUAAUUCACUAGAUGAACUGAUCUGCAUGCCCAAGAACAGGAGUUUUAAGUGUGAAAUAAUAUAUUUAUACCCUUAUGAGAAAGAUCAAUAUCUGUAAUGAUGAUGGUAUUAUGUUAACUAUUACAUAACUUUGGCACAUGCUGCAUUUUUAAAAUGGGUUAUGUUUGUAUUAAAUAAAAGACGAGAAGUGGGUGUUUAAAGUGAUUUACUGGCACUGAAUACAAAUAGACUGUAUUCAACGAAUUGAAUGUGAUUUCCAUAUUGGGAAUUGAACCUUAUCACAGACCAGGUGACCUGCACAUGCAUUCUAUUAGCAGCUAAUAUUUGAAUUCCAGUGAUAUGCUAGAUUAUUGUGCAGCAUGUAUUAAGUUAAAACGUUAACAUUCCAAAACACCUUGAUAUCUCUCUCACCAAUUAUAAGUUACUAUAUUAAGUUGCUUGCUCUUCACUGACAUUGAUUUCCUAAAUGUAACUAAAUUUGACAAAUUCUGACAAAUAUGACCAGUAUUUGCAUAGUUUGUUCAGAAUAAAAUCUAUACUUAGAUGACUUGGCCUCUUGGUUUGCUUGAACGGGGUUAUGUUUAAAACUGGUCAUAACAAGUUACAUGCAUUUUUUUAAGCAAAAAAAAUGAAACGAACAUGCAUUUAUAAGUAGAAUGUAGUUUGCACCCAAUUAAUUGCUUCUGAAGGGUACUAUCUGUUAGCAAAGGGGCAGCUGAUAUGUUAACAUUUAUUUCAGAAACUAUUUUGAAUAAAUGACCAUUUAUUCUUUUGGAGAUGUUGUUUGAGGAAUAAAUAGUGGCCAGGAAACUUGGAAAAUUGUUUUCUUCUGCAAGCAGGUGAGUUUAACAUCUAAUCCAUAAAUUGUACUACUGAUGAUAAUGUAUUGAAGUGUCAGUCUUGAUUAGGUGCUUAAGUCACUAGGUUGGGUCUUGAAGUUAAGGCCAUGAGACUCAAAAACCACUGGAAGCCAAGCCAUCAGUUAUGGCGCUCCAAUCUUAUCCUUUAUUAAUAAAAUAAGUGUGCUAUGAUGUAACACAUUGGCAACAUAUGGAUAUUGCAUAUUUUCUUCUUGAAUAUCACUAUUGCAUAGAAGAUCCUGAAUAAAAUGAUUAUCCAAAUGAAUGUGAUCAAUAACAAAUCAAUUGUUAUAUUAAACCAUUUCUUAGUCAUGAGAGAAUGUGAGAAAAAUGCUGCUUUGAUGAAGCAGUUGCUGUUAAUUUAAAACAUUUUUAUGUUUUCAAUGUUCAGAGCAUGGUGGUAUUUGUAAGAAGAAAUGUUUUAACAAAAUAAAGAAUUAUCAUGAGGUUAAUGUAUAUCAUGUAUUCAUGAAACAGUGGUCUGUAUAAAAUCUGAGGUUGGCACUGGGGGUGUUAGAUUUGUUGUGUAAUCUCUAUUAAUGUGUUCUACAUUUCAGAGAAGACUAGAACAUGUUUAAUUUGGAUGUUUUGGUAGAUUUCAUAUUUUGAUUGUUGAUAUUUUCACGAAAUCAGCAACCAGUAGGAAGAAAGGAAAGCCACAUGUAAAGGUUUCAAUUUUCUAAAUAUGUUUUACAGUUUAUGUUCAUUAAAAUAAAAAGAAAAUUGUGUUGUUGGACUUUGCUAUUGCCCUUUAAUCCAGCCAUGUAACAAUUGUAUUUAAAUCAGAUUGCACAUAUCCAUUAAAAUAUUGUCUCCUCAUGAAGCUGAAAAAAAUAAAUUGAUUUG